AUGAUGGAUGGAGUCCUUUUGGUGAAUGAGAUUAUUGAUUGGUCUAAAAGGAAGAAGAGAAGUUGUCUUUUGCUUAAGGUAGAUUUCGAGAAAGCCUACGAUUCGGUAUCUUGGAAUUAUCUAAGGCACCAAAUGAAGCUCAUGGGGUUUGGCAGGAAGUGGAUGUCUUGGAUGGAAGCUUGCGUGUUCUCUAGCCACAUGUCCAUAUUGGUCAACGGGAGUGCAACCAAAGAGUUUACGGUUCAAAGAGGCCUUCGCCAAGGAGACCCGCUCUCUCCUUUUCUCUUCGUGCUUGUAAUGGAAGGGUUGACAUCUAUUGUCAAAAAAUCGGUGGAGGUAGGGGAUUUCAAGCCUUUUUGCUAUAGUGAUAAGGAUAGCGUGGAUAUCCUUCAAUUUGCGGACGACACCGUGAUUUAA